AUGCUCGUGACCUGGACACAUUUGUCCGGUCUGGGCAGCCAAAAGCGAUUGUCCAGUCAGACGCCAUCCCAGACACACGAUGCUGCAUUCGGCUGGGAGUGUGUCCAUCUGGACACUUCGGCGCACCGCUCGCCCUUGGCCAGCUACCAGCUGUUCCCAACCGCUACACAUCUCCCGACAAAUCCGGCCUUCGCAAUGGCGUCUUCCAAAGAAAUACAACAAACCACGCGGCCGCUCUCGCACCGCUCGUCGAUUUCCUCCACCUCCGUACCGGGUGGCCUCACGCUCGGCCGUCAAUCCCACUCGCGAAAUAACUCACACUCGCUGCUCGGGAGCGCGCUCAAUGGCAGCCACCGCAUCACACGCCGGAAGAGUAUGACAAACACGGGGGCCAACGUGGCCGCGGUGGCGGCAGCGCUCCAGGAAUCGGGCGACAUGGCCAUGCCGCUCCCGAUCACCGUCAAUUCCCGCCGCAACACAAUUUCUAGGAAUGGUCUCUCGCGGUCGGCCGUCGUGGGAAGUCUCCCAUCGCCACCCGCUAGCCUCCCCACGCACAGGUUCGUGGCGGAACACGGAGCCAGCAACGCUGGGCAGGAGAGCGCGAUUGACGACGAACUCAAUGACAUGUCCGGGGACGACGCCGAAUCGGCUUUCCAAAAGGCACGCGUUAGAAGAGCGAGUGAUGGUCAACCCUUGGCCAAGGAAGGCGGCCGGAAGAGCAACCGCCCGGAACUUCGCUGCGAGAAGUGCGGGAAGGGAUACAAGCAUAGCAGCUGCUUGAGCAAGCAUUUGUGGGAGCACACUCCCGAAUGGUCCUACACUUCCAAGCUCUUGAUUUCCAAGCACCAGCAAGUCCAACUCCUGGAGGCCGCCUCGGUCCUGGUUGCGAUGAACAACACACCCACCGAUGCCGCCCCUGCCACCACGACGCCGCCAGAGUCAGCCCGAGACUUCAGUAGUGACCGAGACUCGGCAUCGCCUGCCGCUAGUGGCUAUUCUGACCAACAGGACGCCGGAUCCGCCGAUACUACACCACCACCGCAGCUGGAUGGCCUUCACGCCGCGAACGCGUCCUAUCGGAGUCUGGGUAAGAGGUAUAGCAGCGGAAACGGCCUGUCCCGGUCAUAUCAGACGGCACCAUACGCCAGCUCAGCUGCAGGCAGUGUGCCAAGCGUGUCGGGCUUUGGACACUUCCGGCAACUUAGCCAGGACCAACGGCCUACUUCAUCUGGCCGGAACGCCACAAGCCAAGACGACCGCGAGCUUGCCGCUGCCGUGGAGCUUCUUAGUUGCAGCUUCAACAGCAACGGCGGCGCUAGGACCGUCCACUUGCCCGCGGACGCACCGCCGGUACCGCCGCUUCCAGCGCAGUACCUCGACCAAGGGAUCUUGUCGGGGACGAGCUUCAUCAACAGCUACCCUAGUAGGGCACCUGAGAGCUUCACGCGCGGCGAGAUGCGGCGGGUCGACCCGAAGAUGGAGGAUAACGACGACAGCGUUAUGGACGAAGACGACGAGGACGACAUGCGGUCCCGGGCACGGAGCGACGAGGAUGACGAUGGCGUGUUUGGACGGAUGGAGGAAUGA